GGGUCAUAGAGCUAGCCGCCAGAGCCCCACGCCACUUCACCGCCCCUUCAGCGUCGUUGCCCGACUGGAGCGCAACUGCCGGGAUCCCAACCGACGUGCAAGGGGGCCAAGGUAAUGCAGCUGGACGACACGUCCUUCCCGGUCAAGCCGCCGGCGGCGGCGACCGACAUGCUGCGUGACCACCCGGGCUUCCAGCUGUUGGAGGCGGAGGAGUCAGGCUACUGGGCGCGCGGGCGCGGCCUCUGGCGCCCGACGGGCCGCUGCGCCGGGGCCGACUCUACUUCCUCUGCCUCCAGCGCCGCCCCGCCGCGGGGCCACCGCGCCGGGCAUGGUCGGGCAACCUCCGCAUCGGUGCGCGGUAGUGGCUCGAGUCGCUCAUGCUCGCCCGCCGCUCCACCUCCGACCUCUCCUCCUUCCAGGGCAUCGACUCCGCGUCCGUCCCCGCCUCCCCGCUCCCCGACGGGGCGGGCGGCGGCACACCUGUGCGGUUCAGGAUGCCGCUCCCCAAGGCGCAGGGGGAGAAGCUGAUGGGGGAGAGCCGGGACGCGGCCGAGGCGGCAGCCAAGAUCAUGGAGCUGUGCACGGCCGUGGGCGACGGCGGCUGCAGCGCCAAGGUACCGCCCGAGAAGCCGCCCUUCAUCCUGCGCAUCCCGCGGUUCGCGACCACGCCCGAGUGGGGCUCCGGCUUCAUGCUCCCCAAGCCGGAUGGGCGGAGAUCGUCGAGGAGGGGAUUCUGUGGUGCACCGCGAUGCCGACGGCUUCUCUUCGCCGCCGAGCUCUACUCCCCUCCCUCCGCAUCAGGAUCAGGGUGCCCGCGGAUCUUACCUUGUCACUGUCGGUUCCCAUCUCUCCCACCGCGUCCUGCAUUGGUAGCUCUGUUGGAUUGGCACGUCGGUGGAAUUCGGUCUUGGAGCUUGUUUAGGCAUCAACAUCUCUACUGCUAUCUGGAAUUGGUGGAAAGGCAGCUUGAAAAACUAAAGCACUAAUGGACCAACAAGUGGAAGUCCAAUUCUGAAAGAAGUAGUUUGUUCUAUAUACUAGAUUGGACAAUACUUUUCUGCUGGAAGUCCGUUGUUGAGUCUUAAAUCAAGAAGAAGGUAUCUGACUGGUCUUCCAUCUCAUUUUCUUCUCAAGGAACCAGGAGGUUUUGUGAAGUCCCUGCAGCGGGCAAGCGAUCAGCUAAGUCAUUUGAGGUUACACACCAGGCUUGGAUUAACAUGCCAACUUUCUUGUGAUUUGCCUACAGUCAGAUGAAUUUACCAUCAGUUUACAUAGUGCACAUAAUAUAUAGACAAGUCAGGUUGACAAAGAAAUUUAAUCUAGCAUAAGCAUUGUCAUUGUUAUUACAUACAAGGUACUUGAAAUAAAGCCCAUGAGAUAUGGUUUGAAGAGAAGAGUGAAGCUCUCUUUCUAUAAAUUUGGAGAAAUCCAUGGAAUCUUUAUUUUAGUUAUGUCUCUAGGUAUGCCAAAAAUUCAUGGAGUAGCUCACAUAUGUCAUUAUCGGUGUAAAUUUAACUAUCCAUUCAAGUGCAUCGAUCUCUAAUCUCUAUAGGCUUACUGGAUUAUAACUUAUUUGAUAUUCUGAUAAUUGAUUCGUUGAUAUGUGGAGAGCUGGCCGGAAGCUUGAGCUCUAUCUUGUAAUUAUGUGGCAUCAUGUUUAAGGAUGGCUUCAAGAGGUGCUAAAUAGAUAUUUCAGAUUUUAAUUCCUAACUUUAGAUGCUAGAAUAAACACUAAACACUAAACGAUAUUUCAGAUCUUCCUCAUUUUUUAUUUCUAACAAGACGUCUAUUGCACAUGCACGCUUACUUGUCUUUAAUAGAACAACAAACUGAUUUUAGAUGCUAGAAUAAACACUAAACGCUACUUCCUCAUGGCUAUUAUGUGUGGAAAGAUGAUCCUGAGGGAGGAGACCUGACUAUCGAUGUGAAGCCAGGGUGGAAGAAGGGCGCAAAGAGCACCACUAGAAGGAAGGAUCUAAUUUUUCCAGUGCAGUUAUGUAUUUCAAAAAGUUAUGAGAUGUAAUUUUUAUAUUAACACUAUAGUCUAUGAAGUUAUAUUUCCAGAUAUUUCACUUUUCGCAUAAGCUCAGGCACCAUUUUAUUUUAAAAUAUUUACUAAGGUCAUUUUUUUGAAUAAACUGCAUGAUGUUUCAUGUGUGUGAAUUGCACUUUAGCUAAAAAAUGAGAUAACAAGAUGGAGAGGAUAUGAAUGGUUGAUGCUUGUGCGGUAUGUCGGGGAGCAGCGGCACAUCGGCGGACACCAACACAUGGGUAGCGCACUGCGGACAACAAUAAAUAAUGCACAACGGCAGCGGCUGCACGGCAAGACGGACAAGAAACAAUGCUUAGCAGGUGCGCACAGAGGCACAUCUGUGGACAACAACACAUAAUGCACAACGGCAGCGGCUGCACGGCCAAGACGGACAAGAAACAAUGCUUAGCAGGUGUAGGUGGGGGGUAAGAGUAAGUAUCACUUGUCAUGUUUAACUCAUGGCCAACCAAGAGUAAGUAUCACUUGAAACUCACUACAGGUAAAAUACUGCUGUGACCAUUAUAUACAUAUAUGUUCUACUUGGUUGCUUAGUUAGUAUUAAUUUCUUAUCACUUCCUUUUUCUUGCAGUCAAGUUUUGAAUGAAACUGGGCUUUGAUGAGAAGUUCAUCCGUAUAUGGGAAUUCUACCUUGUAUACUCUGCCUCUGGUUUGAAGUCAUGAGCAGUUAAAGAUUAUCGUACGGAUGUAUGUAUGUGUGUUCUUUGUAUAGGUUUAACUUCAUUAUUCCAAGACAAAUGGAAGUCCCUGAUACGUCUUUAUCGUAUCUACUUUUCUAAACUCUUUUGCCCUUAUUUUGGACUC